AUGGCCCCCAUCCCCGUAACAAUAGUAACGGGUUUCCUGGGCUCCGGUAAAACAACCCUCCUCUUAAACCUCAUCCCGCAACUCCCGCAAUCCUACCGCCUCGCCCUCCUCAAAAAUGAAUACGGCGACGUCGCCAUUGACUCCCAACUCGCCUCAACGCAAUCCAUCUCCGGCGUCCGCGAACUCCUCAACGGCUGCAUCUGUUGCAACCUCGUCGGGCAGCUCGGCGAUGCGCUGAACCAGCUCCGCGAAACCGUGCAGCCAGAUCGGAUCGUCAUCGAGACGUCGGGUAGUGCUUUCCCUGCGACGCUGGCGAUGGAGGUUAAUCGGUUAUCGCGCGAGGAGGAGAAGGAGGGCGAAGGGUUUGUGCUGGAUGGGGUGAUUAGUGUGAUUGAUGUGGAGAAUUGGGAGGGGUAUGAGGAUACGAGUUACACGGCGAAGUUGCAGGCGAGGUAUACGGAUUUGAUUAUUUUUAAUAAGUGGGAGGGGGUUUCGGAGAGGAGGUUUGAUACGUGUCUGGAUCGCGUGGGGGAUUUGGAGGUUGAGACGCCGUACGUCAAGUCUGAUCGGGGGAGGGUGGAUAAGGAUGUGUUGCUGGGGAUUGACGGGGCGAUGUUUGCGAAAGAGAAUGCGGAUGUGGUUUUGGGCCAAGCACAUCAUGACGACCACGAGCACGGCCACGAGCAUAAGCACAAUCAUCAGUCCGAGGUCGAGGUGCUCUCCGUUACCCUGAAAUCAGACCAGACCGUCAACGUUGCCUCGCUCGAGCAACUCCUCUCGUCCGCACCGAAAGAAGAAGUCUACCGCAUCAAGGGCAUCCUUCGCUGUUCCACCAGCGCUCCGCCAGUGGAAUCAUCCGAAAAGCUCAACGAGCCGAGACCGAUGCCCCAGUCAGACUCCCCCCCUUCUCAGUAUUACAUCCUCAACUGGGCAUUUGGGCGCUGGACAUUCACGCCAUCUGCUAUGGUUGCGGAAUCCGCAGACCCGGGCAUGGCAGCUCGUUUGACGUUCAUUCUUGCGCGGUACGAAUCUGGGAAGUGGAAGAAGAGGUUGGAGGCUGGUGGGCUUGUGCAGGCGGAUGAAGGGGCUGAGUUGUCGGUGGAGCGACUUGUUUAG